CAUUCCUCGGGAAAGCUUCAGUGGGAUGAGAGGGUUUCUCGCUGCGAGGAGAUCCAGCCGAGGACAGGCGCCGGGGAGCCGCGCUGCUGCUUUUCUCCCGCACAUCGGCUUGAGGAGCCAUCCCUUCUGGAAUGCUUCUCAUCCCUGAGGAGACGAUGUCUCAGUACUCCACCAACUUCCUGCUGCUGCCCAUCCCCGAGUACCCCGUGCUGGACUGUGCGCCCAACAAAAUCAUCAAGCUGGUGGUGCUGGGAGGCAGCAGCGUGGGCAAGACAGCCCUGGUCGUGCGCUUCCUCACAAAGAGAUUUAUUGGGGACUACGAAGCCAACACUGGUGCUUUGUAUUCCAGGAAGUUCACCAUAGAUGGGGAGCAGAUGUCUCUGCAGGUGCAGGAUACUCCCUUUGUCUCAUUGGAGGAUGACACAGACAGCAUCUGCUGCCAGGAGCAGAUAAACCGCUCGAUCUAUUGGGCCGACGGCUUCGUGUUCGUUUAUUCCAUCACGGACUACGAGAGCUUCCGCCUGCUGCGACCCCUGCACCAGCACAUCCGCAGGAUCCACCCCAACGCCAACAUCCCCCUGCUGCUCAUGGCCAACAAAGGGGACCUGCUGAGGGCCAGGCAGGUGUCCUCCAAGGAAGGGCUGCAGCUGGCCACCGAGCUGGGCGGCACGUACAGCGAGGUGUCGGCGCGGGAGAACUGCGACGGCGUGCACGAGGCUUUCCAGCAGCUGUGCCAGGAGCUGAGCAGGAGCAGCAGCAGCUGCAACGGGGAGAAGAGGAGAGGACUCCACCUCGUGAGGCCCAAGUCGCCCAACAUGCAGGACUUGAAGAGGCGUUUGAAGCAGGCUCUGACUUCCAAAGGCAAAUCGGCCACCGCGCUUUGAUGAGGCCGCCCGGGAGUUGUGUUCCAGAGCCCUGGGUGGAAAAAAG